AUUUAUUUAUAUUUUCGUACCAAUUUAUUUAUAUAAGUAGUAGAUAAUGAAUUUUUAAUUAUUCAAUAUAUAUUUAUUAUUUCAUAAUAUGUUAUAAACAUAUAAUAUACUUCUAAAUUUAAUAGAACAUCUACUGUAUAAAUAUUUCUGGUUUAAUAUAACUAAUAUAUUUAUUUGAAAAAUUCAACAAAAUAUACAUAAUUUUUCAUACUGAAUAAAGAAAGAAUUGUUCGUUUAGGCUCAUGACAUGGAUGAUGGAUCUAUAUAUUAUUACUAAUCGUACAGUUCAUAAUGAGAGAAAAAUAAGCGACAUAUAUAUGGAGCAAACCAACAAGUACAUAGAGUUAGAAAUGAUCUCCAACCUACAUAAAUACAACCUAAAACUGUGUGUUUUAUGUAUACUUUUUUAUUGAGUCGCACUACUAGUCGUCCAUGGACCCUCUACAAAACUGAAUGAAACAUUGACUUCUAUAGUUCCUAAAAUUUUUUUGAAGAAAAUUAUAUAAACAUAAACCUUUAAAUUUGUAAAAAAUAUCUUUUAUUGAAAUUUUUACUAAAUAAGUUACAACUUUUAAAAUUCAGGAUCAGCCUUACGUCUAACAAAUUUAGUGAAAACUGGAAAUUUGAUUUUAAAAGUAGGAGUACGUAAAACUUUGAGGUUUACUUAUGUAGUAUACUAAUGUUCCAGAUAACGUUUAGGUUUGAAAACAUGAUAAAAACAAAACUUAUUUGACAAUACAUAUUCUAACAUUUAGUAUUAAAUCAUCAAAAAGCAACUUGAAAAUGUGUAAAAUGUUUACGAUAGCUUACAUUGAUUUUCUUCGCUAAAUAUACAUAUGAUGACAGCUCCAACUUCAGUAGCCGUACAUAUCAAAAAUCGCAUUACCUAAAAUUUUGAAUGAUAGUUACGUAUAGUAUAUAAGUCAAUGCAAAUCUUAUUUCAAACGAUCGUGAUGACGGCCGUGGCGAGAAAUAGAUCGGUAAGAGGCCUUUUUAGUCUUGUGUUAUAAUAAUUUUCUUUUCAGAAUUUUAGUAAGUCAAAUCCAAAUCGAAUAGUAUAUCAUCUAUUAAGUUGUUAAGUACCUAUCAAGUGACAUCUGUUAAAAUAAAAAUAGUUUCCGUUGUGUAAGAUAAGAGUUAUAAAUUAGAUUAAGUCAAUGGAUCCAAUCUACUAUGUCCAAAACAUUAUGCAUCUAUACCUCGUCAUCCUUUGGCACAGUUAUACAAAUAAAUCAUAUAAUAUAACAGAAGAUCACAAAAAGUACAGCUUCACAUGUUACUUGUUUGGACCUUUAAGUAAACUACAAAAAUGUCCAAGUUAAUGCAAACGUCUUUACAUUUGGUCCGGAUUAAAAUAAAUUAUUACAUUUUAAGCCAUAGCUUGAAUGUUUCAAGGAUAAGUAUUGAUAGAAAUACAAAUAUAUUUGCCAAAAUUUUAGCUGAGUUUUAUAGCUAUAUAUAAAUCUAAUGUCAUAUUGUCGAUGUCAUCUCUAGGCCCUAGCUGUAAAUUAUUAUUUUCGCGGACAAAGGAAAUCAGUAUCACAAACUCACAAUGCAUAGACGUACUGAAAAUAAUAGGCGCCGAUUGAGAGAACUGGGGCACGAAAAAGGGUCCACCCAAGAAAGUAAUAAGAAGUACAAUUUUCUAGGCCUUUUAUGGGUUGUUACUAAUUAAUAUUUGGGCCUUGGCCCAAUUAAACAAAACCCCAUUGGCAUAGAUCGAUUAUAGGAGCUGCGAUCGAUUCUAAUCGUGACCUCUAUAAUGUGUACAUUUGAUUGUCAUGUGACUGAUUAUACUUGUGUAUGAUUGAUGGUUGCAGUGAGACGUAUCGAUAUUUCGAUCUGCCUUUCUGUAUUCCAACUACUACGAGCACUGUGUAUCUCUCUCACUAGCCUUUUAUGGAUGCACUCUUAUCCAUUGAUUCUUGGUUUUUGCAGAGGGUGUGAAAGAUAAAAAGGAAGCUCUAGGUGAGGUUUUGAACGGCGACAGGCUCGUUAGUGCUCCAUACAAGCUCAACUUCAUAGAUGAGAAAGACUCCGAGACAUACUGCAAAAAGAAGCUUAGCAGAGAAGAGGUCUAACAGUUUCGAAGAGCUGUUGAGAAAGACUAUUACUUCCAGAUGUACUAUGAUGAUUUGCCUAUAUGGGGAUUCAUUGGGAAGGUUGACAAAGAUGGCAAAUCGGAUCCCAUCGAGUUCAAGUAUUUCCUCUACAAGCAUAUUCAGUUUGAGAUUUUGUAUAAUGAAGACCGUGUGAUUGAGAUCAAUGCUAGAAUGGAUCCUCAUUCCCUUAUGGAUGUUACUGAGGAUAAGGAAGUUGAUGCUGAGUUUAUGUAUACUGUGAAGUGAAAGAAAACGGAGACUCCUUUUGAGAAGAGGAUGGAUAAGUACGCCAUGACUUCGUCUCUUCCGCAUCACUUUGAGAUUCAUUGGUUUUCUAUUAUCAACUCGAGCGUCACUGUCCUGCUUCUGCCUGGUUUCCUUGCAACAAUCUUGAUGCGGGUCCUCAAGAAUGAUUUCAUGAAGUAUGCUCAAGACGAGGAAGCUGCUGAUGAUCAAGAGGAAACUGGAUGGAAGUACAUUAACGGAGAUGUGUUCCGGUUUCCAAAAUACAAAUCUGUCUUUGCUGCAUCUCUCGGUAGCGGUACUCAACUGUUCACUUUUACUAUAUUCAUCUUCAUGCUUUCACUUGUUGGAGUGUUCUAUCCAUACAACCGAGGAGCGCUCUUCACAGCUUUGGUCGUUAUCUACGCUCUCACGUCUGGAAUCACCGGAUACACAGCCUCCUCUUUCUACUGUCAACUCGAAGGAAAAAACUGGGUAAGCAAACACCAAACACUUUCCCUCAAAUCAAUUAAAAGAAAGCAAUUAAGCUUCUCAUUUGUAUUUGUUUUCUCUCAGGUGAGAAACUUGUUGCUCACUGGAGGUCUCUUCUGUGGCCCGCUCUUCCUCACAUUCUGCUUCCUAAACACCGUGGCAAUCGCCUACAGCGAAACCGCUGCUCUUCCCUUCGGAACCAUUGUUGUGAUUGUCCUUAUAUGGACACUAGUGACUUCACCUUUGCUUGUACUAGGCGGUAUCGCUGGUAAAAACAGCAAAGUAGAGUUCCAAGCGCCAGUCCGCACCACUAAGUAUCCCAGGGAGAUCCCGCAACUCCCAUGGUACAGGAGUGCUAUACCUCAGAUGGCCAUGGCGGGUUUUCUUCCUUUCAGUGCCAUCUACAUCGAGCUGUACUACAUCUUUGCCAGUGUUUGGGGUCACCGGAUCUACACCAUUUACAGCAUCCUCUUCAUCGUAUUCAUCAUCCUCUUGAUCGUUACUGCUUUUAUAACCGUUGCACUUACUUACUUCCAACUUGCCGCUGAAGAUCACGAAUGGUGGUGGAGAUCAUUCCCUAUGCGGUGGAUCAACUGGUUUAUUCAUCUACGCGUACUGCUUAUACUAUUACUACGCGAGAUCGGACAUGGUUUCAUGCAAACAUCCUUCUUCUCCGGUUACAUGGCUUGCAUUUGUUAUGGUUUCUUCCUCGUGCUUGGAACUGUUGGCUUCCGCGCCUCUCUCGUUUCGUCCGCCACAUUUACCGGUUGAUUAAAUGAGAGUUAAAGAUGUUGCUACCAACCCGAAAUUCCUCAAAAAGCUUCACUUGCGAGAUUUUUUUGCUAGAACGAAGAAGAGAUUGUUCCUUUAGGUAGAUAAAGACUUAUUUUACAGUAACUUGUGUUUUUUUAGUCGAGUCGCUCUUUUCUCUGCUUAUACUAUAGUGUUUUUUCUCUUUUUGGGUAAACUAAUUAACUGCAUUGUAUCUUUUUCUCUUAUAUAUAUAUAUAUAUAUAUAUAUAUAUAUAUAUAUAUUCUGAAUAUGAAAAAAUAACAGAGUUUCUUUUA